AAACAGCAGCCGCAACUUGCGCAACACAGAGCGGGUUGCGUCUGUCAUUUUACUUGUUUCUGUGUUUACUUUCCCGCUGAGCUGCUUCUCUUCCUCCUGCUGCUGCUGCAGAAGCAUGAAGUUCAGACACUUCGCAGCUUCUGCAGCUUCCAGCACCAAACUUUGUUUUCCCCAGUGAGUGCAUCACACACUGAGGUGAACUCCGGUUCUUCCAGCCUGAUUCCUGCACCAGUCCACUGCAGUAAAGUGAGCCGUCAUCUGGGAAGCCAGUCGCCGCCGGGUUCUUUUUUUGCGCGUCUACUUGUGGCUUUACGACUUGCCCUUUAAUGUGCAUUUACGACGGCUCACUGUACUGCAGUACCAGCUCCGGCCUGAUCCCUGCACCAGUCUCCCCUCUGACCUGAACUCCGAUAUCGAUCAUGGAAGCUGAUCAUCCAGCACAGGAUUAACAGGAGGAGUUCUUUUGGAUUACAGAGCAGAUCUUUGAUUCCAGGAGCAGAUAUGCAGUGUGUGAGGAGUCUCACUCUGCUCCUCCUGCUCGUGGUGGAGGUGCACGGUGACUUUGUGGAGCCUCCUCAGCCCCACACCUCCCUGGGCUCGCUGGCAGAGAGUCAGACCAGGCUGCCCUGCCGCUACCAGCCAGUGGGGGGGGAGAAGGUGGUGCAGGUCACCUGGUACAAGGAGCUCGCGGACGGCAGAAAGGACCAGAUCAUCACGGCCCACUUCUCUGAGGGCCACACAGAGUUCGGGCGUUACUCUGGUCGGGUGAAGUUCGAGAGCAACAGCCCCACAGAAAACUCGGCUCUGCUCAUCCCCAGCACAGAGGAGUCGGACGAGGGCAGCUACAUCUGCCACAUCUCCACCUUCCCUCACGGAACCUUUGAGAGGCACAUCACCUUCACCAUCUGGAUUUUACCCAUCUCCUCCCUGGAGCCUGUCAUCCUGAAGGAGGGGGAUUCGUACCGUUUGGCGGCCACUUGCAAAGCAGUGGGUCGCCCGCGUCCCCGUCUCUCCUGGGACACCGACCUGCCGGGCAAGGGCAAGGACAUGAACCACGAGGGCGGGUCUGUGUCCAGCUUCUUUUCUCUGCACCCGCUGCGCAGCAUGAACGGCAAAAAGCUGGACUGCUUGGUGUGGCACCCGGGUCUGAACGGGCCCCGCAGGAUCUCAAACCUUGUGGAUGUUCAGUACCCCCCAGAUCCCACCAUCACCAGUGUCUCAGGAGACUGGUUCGUGGGUUUGGAGAACGCUGAGCUGGUGUGUGACAGCGGAGGAAACCCCAAACCUCAGGACUUCAACUGGACAUGGAGGGGAGGAGCUCUGCCAGAUGGGGUGUUUGUGAUUGGAGGAAAACUCGUCUUUGGUCGGACCCUCCGCUUGAAUGACAGCGGGGUCUACGAGUGUGUGGCCAAGAACAUUGCAGGAGCAGGAAAAGCAGAGUAUUCAGUGACAAUAGCAGAGUCAUCUCAGCGUAUGGGUGUCCCCUCCCACUUCCUCCUGAUCAUCCUCGGGUCCUUGGCCGCCGCCCUGGUCCUGGUCCUGAUCGUUGUCGUCCUGCUCGUCAACCGCCACCAUCGCAACAGAAACAGAAAGCUGGAGAGGCAGCUCACUGAGAAAACGGACGAAAAUGAAAAAGACUCCAGACAAAUGAGCCGGACUGCUGUGAAAAUUAAUGUCAUAGUGCAGCCUAAAGAUUACGCCCAGGUCAGAGUCGACAGCAGGAUGAAGAACAGCCAAAUGUACCAGGAGCAUCCCGUCUACGAAGGCAGCCAGUCCAUGCUGAGCAGGAAGUGUAGUGCUCCGGCAGGAUUGGACAUGGACGAGCGGGCACGUCCGGUCAUCUGGUACGACAGCAGGGACAACCUGAGACAAACGGGGAUGGACGGAGAGAAGGAGGAGCGCAGGAGGAGGGGGGAGUCAUUCCUGAAGAGCAGCAACAAGCCACUGGAGCCUCCUGUCUACAGAGGCAGCCAGUCCAUGCAUUGCAGGAACUCUAGUGCUCCGGCAGGAUUGGAGCUGGAUGAGCUGGAACGUCAGGUCGUCUCGGUCGACGGCAGGGAGAUUCUGCAUUUCUUGAAGAGCAGCCAUGUUUCGCUGGAGAUAUCCAUCAGCACAAGCGGCUAUUCCAUGGUGGGCGGGAUGUGGAGUUCUCAGGAAGGAAUGGAGCUGGAAGAGCUGUUACUACGGCAGGGAGAGCCUGAGACGAACGGAGAUGGAUGGAGGGAUGGAGGAGCACAGGAGGAGGGUGGAGACGUUUUUGAAGAGCAGUAUGUUGCUGCACUGUAAACCCAGAACUAAAAAAAAAAGCUUUCAUAAACUCAAAAGUGUGAGUUUUUGAGAACUUCAAUAUUUGGAUGUACUUAUUGAUUAUAGUUAAAUUAAAUUACUGAUUAACCCCACUCUGAACUGAAAACAACCAAAAAGUAACCAUUUGCACUACUCAUUGUAAUAAGUUUACAGAUCUUAAUAAAUUAGAGUACAGAAGCCAGGUAUUUUGUGUUAAGUAAACUCAAUGUUUAUUUGUUCAUUUUCCAAACAUUUCAUUACUUACAAAUGAAAAACAUUGACUUUGUAGUUGUCUUUUUAAGUUUGAAGAAGUGGUGCCCAUUUACUUCAAUUGGAUUGGAUUUGGCAGCAACGCUGUUUACCCCUGAAACUUCAAAAGUUUUGUGUGGACUCCAACACUUCACCCACCCCUCUAUCGGCAUAGAAGUGAGUAGAUAAUGAGUGAAUUAAACAUUUCAGGGAACUAUCCCUUAAAUUGAAACACUACAUAUCACAAAAAAAAGGGAACUUUGCCACUGGAUGUCAAAUCAGUGCUGAUGGUAAAUGUAGUUAAUUGAUGCAAUAUAUUCCUCAGUGUGUGCUAUACACUGAGCCAUAAGUUGGUGAUUUCCUGCUGGAAAAACUGUUCUUCCUGGAUCUGUUAUGUCACAGUGAUGAUGUUGGUGUUUGAGAAAGUGCAAUGCAUCUUGAUACAUGUAAGCGCUGCCUGCAUGGCUCUGUGAGCGGAAGAACACAUUUUCCCUCUCUCUGAAUUAAUAUAGCAGCACUAAGGAAUUUAUAGCUUUUUUGCUCUUCACUUUUUUACUGAAUGAACAUCUACAUAAAGAAAAGGCAAUGUUUCCCUUUAAAAUAUACAAUUAAAAGUACAAAGGCAAUGUGUACUUGUGCAAUGUGGCUUAAAGCCUGUUGCGUAAAGCAGAUAUUUGAACAUCAACAUUUGAGCAGUAGUCGACAGACAAUAAAACAUUCAUGUUGUGGGUGAGACUCUAGAGUCCCCUAUUUUUUCAGAGCUUGAGUUCUACAAAAAAACAUCCUCAAAUAUUUGUUGACUGUCUUCAGUAACAUUACUUACAAUGUCAAGUCAUAUCAGGGGCCGCCACCUGAAAACACAAGAAAGAACAAUUUUAUUAUUUAAUGUUUAAUUGAUCUUUUUAUCCAUCUGUCUGUUUACCUAUAUAUUUGUACAGGUAACCUGUAAGAGUAUUAAGGCAAACUCAAUGCAGAAAGGCUGAGAGCAGCAGCUAUGUCCACUGUGUGGACAUGCACAGGUACGCAGUGUGUCCUGUAUGGGGACAAUAUUGUAGUAAAUCUGUAGACAAAUGUGAGCGUCACUGUCUGAGUGAUCAAAUUUGUGGAAAAAGUGGAGAUUUUGACUUUUCACACACUACACUGAAAUGUAAACAACCUCACCUCCUUUAAAACACAAGGAAUCAUGGUUCCUGUUAUAGUGUUUACUAGGAGUCCUGCUAGUUUACAUUAAAAACAUUCAGGAAGGACAAUGUGGACUAAGAAAAUUCCUGAGCUUUGGUCGAGAAAUAGUGAAUUAUUCUCAGAACCGUGAUAUUUUCAGCUUGGAUUCACCUGCGGACGACAAGUUAGUGUGUGUAUUUGUAUAUGUGUGUAUUAUAACUAUGAGGGAGAGACAAAGAGCUGUUGUACGUUUACAAUAUUGUUACCUGCAACAAGAGAAAGGCCUGAAAAGCCUUUUACCCCGAGGGACCAGAACAUGGACCUGAAAAAGAAGACGGGGACAGAACCUGCAGGAGAAGAACAUGUUUUAUAUCCAUCCAGUGUUUUCUAUGAAAGUGAAAAGACAAAAAACCUGAUGUGUAAACGUUGAAAUGUUUAUUCAUAAAAGUACAGCAAAUGCAA